AGGAAAACGAAAAGAAUAUUAAAUUUUAAUUGGCGAAUUUAAUUUUUGUUAGCAUGGCAGCAGCAGCGGCAGCUAAAGCCGCUAAAGAAUCGGGCAUUAGCUUUCAAGACAAAGCGGCCACUUGGGACAAUGCGGAGCAAGUCAAGGAUGUGGUGGAUGCGCUCAAUCGCGAGUCGACGGUGCACUAUCUGAAUCUAGAGGGCAAUAUGUUGGGUGUGGAUGCGGCCAAGGCUAUAGGCGAGGCACUUAAGCGGCAUCCGGAGUUGCGCAAGGCGUUCUGGCAAAAUCUAUUUACGAGCCGUCUAGAGACUGAAAUACCAUUGGCACUAAAGCAUCUUGGCGCGGGCUUGAUGGCAGCCAGUGCGAAACUAACGGUGCUGGACUUGAGUGACAACGCGCUGGGUACCAAUGGGAUAAGCGGCUUGGAAGACUUCCUACGCUCUCCCGUUUGCUAUUCGCUGCAGGAGCUUUAUCUUAACAGCUGCGACCUGGGCCCUGAUGGUGGCUGCAUGCUGCUCAAGGCCAUGCUGAGUCUACAUGCCAAUGCCAAAGCGGCGGGUACACCGCUGCAGCUGCGUGUUUUUGUUGCCGGACGUAAUCGGCUCGAGAAUUUGGGCGCCACAGCUGUAGCAAAAAUAUUUCAGACACUGCAAACGCUGGAGGAAAUUUGGAUGCCACAGAAUGCAAUAGAUCACCAAGGAAUUGUGGAGCUAGCCAAAGGCCUCAAACUGAAUCCGCAACUGCGUAUACUUAACCUAUAUGAUAACACAAUCACCUGCGAGGGAGCCAGGGCAAUGGCUGAAGUCUUUGAGCAUACAGCUCAUUUGCGUGCGAUUCACUUUGGUGAUUGCAUCAUUGGAACAGGCGGUGCUUAUCUAAUUGCUGAGGCAUUGACCAAGCAUCUCAAGCAGCUGAAAGUGCUCGACUUGAGUUUCAAUCAAAUCAACUUUGAUGGUGGAUUUAAGUUGGUAAAGGCCGUACUAAACAAAUCCCAUCUAAGGCUGCUCAACUUGGAUGGCAAUUGCUUUGGUCAGAAGGGCUGUGAGCUGAUCAUUGCCGAAAUGAAAAAGGCUGCAUGUCCAGCUGCACUGCAGCCCUUUGAAGAGGAUGAUGAUAUUGUAGAAGAGGUUGAGGAAGAGGACGCUGAUGAAAUAGCUGCAGAGAAGGCUUCUAAAGAUGAACAGGAUGGUGGAUAUUCAAAAGGGUACGAUUCGAUGGAUACUAUAAAAGAGGUUGACGAAGAGGAUGACGAAUACUCUGAUGAAAUUUCUGAUGAAAACGCUGCUUAUAUUACCAAACGUGCUUUCAACUCUAUGAACAUAAACAAGACCGCAAGUGGCGAUGCCAACAUAUCGGCUGAAGAUUUCGUCUUGGCUCUUAUGCCCUGGCCUAGCCCUCGCGCCGACAAGCUGCAUGAACUAAUGGCUGUCAUUGAUCAAUUUGAUAACGACAAUCACUUGCUGUUGCUUGUAUUCACCACACUGAAGUGCGCUCAUCACUCCAUGUCAUCCAAGGCUGCUUUGGAUUUGGCUGUCUCCUUGUACAAAGCCACAUUUGAAUAUGCAAUUAAAACCAAACAGCAGCAACGUGUGCUCAACUAUGUGCUCAAGCAACUUUGUCUUUUGCGCAGUGAAGAGCCUUUCAAAUCUCCCUAUGACAUGACAAAUUGUCGCUAUGCACUGCGUGAGGCAAUAUCCCAAGCUGAUUUUGCCAAUGCUGAUGUAAAAAAUACAUUGAAAGCAUUUCUGGAUCAACUUGAUAAGCAUCAAGUGACUUUGACAAGCAUAACUAACUACAAAUAUGGCGACGACUCUACAACUUAA